UGUACGACUCGGCACACUCACUGUCGACAUUCAAUUGUCACAACAUCGCCCCCGGCCACCUGGACAACACGAAAUUUGAAAAGUGCCAGCGGUGGCGGUCCCUUAUCAUUCAGUGUUAUCAUUCGCGAAAAUUUCUGUACGCGAGCGCCAGCCGAUCGGGCUCGAAGCAUCACGAGGGUGCGGCGGACGCACCGCCCUUAUCUGAACCCCCCUCCACGUUGAUCGGCGCCGUUAGACAGCCUCGCGACGUCGACCUGCUCGUAUGGUACUUGCACCAAUCAUAAACUGAUAACAUGAGUGCGGAAAGUUAAGUGAUUUUUUUUGUGGACAGUGACUUGUGUUGUGAUAACAUGUCUAGAAGAAAACAGGCCAGGCCGAUUCGACUUCUGGAGGAUGAAGAUCCUACGGCGGCUGUUUGUCCUUCUGCGACCAAUAAUAAUGGUGCAUUGCCUUCAAGAUUGCCUAGUAAUAGUGAUGGUGAUCCUGCAGAUACUACAGAAGCAACAAUAUCAGUUUCAGAUACACCAUGUAUCGACGUUCCUACCAUACCGGAAGAACUUCCAGAAGUCCUCAUGUGCCAGCGCUGCCAAGAACAAUUCACAGAAGUUCAAGAAUACGUCACGCACAAGGAAGAAUGUGACAAAAAGGCUAUUAAACACGAUGAUCCAGCACAUUCCGACCCGGAGGAUAUGGUAGUAUCAGAAGACGAUGAUGAUGAUGAAGAGACAGGCGGUAAAAGGUUAGAACGGAUGCGACGGAACCGACAAGAUGCUGCGAAUAAUAACAGCGUGGAGGAGAAUUCGCCAGAUGAAGAUAGUCAAAGAUUGGAAUUUCCGUUUCCUAUACCAGCGGCAGCUCCUGGACAUGUUACGCUGGAAGCAUUACAAAAUACCAAAGUUGCUGUAGCUCAGUUCGCAGCUACCGCUAUGGCCAAUAACGCUGAUAAUGAAGCAGCUUUACAGGAACUGGCAGUAUUACAGUCAACAUUAUUCACUUUACAACACCAGCAAGUACUUCAGUUGCAACUAAUAAACCAAUUACAACAACAAUUGCAAAUAGAUAGACGUAAAGAAGAAGAAGAAGCAGAAGCUACUGCAGCUUCACCAGCACCUUCCGAUACUGAAGUAGAGAAUACUCCAGUAGAAUCUCCGCCUCCUGCUCCUCAAGCGCUACCUGUAUCACGAGAACCUACACCGGCUUCUCUGCCUCCUCCUAUGCCAUCGAAUAUUCAGCCGUCACCAGCUGUAGAGCCACCAUUGCCUGAAGUUAAAACUCCAAUAUCAAUGCCUAUGCAAAUUCAACCUCCAAUGUGUUCUAUAUCUUCGUCUUUAGCAUCGACUAUUAUAACACAUAACGACGAACAAUUAUUAGAAGAACCAAAUACAUUAGAGAUGUUACAAAAGAGAGCACAAGAGGUAUUAGAUAGUGCCAGCCAAGGAUUGUUAGCCACCAACUUAGCAGACGAGUUAGCUUUUAGAAGGAGUAAAGGAUCCAUGUCUCCUUAUGACUCAAAAGGAAGGAAUGAACCGUUUUUCAAACAUCGGUGCAGAUACUGCGGGAAAGUGUUUGGUUCCGAUUCAGCAUUACAGAUACAUAUCCGUUCUCAUACAGGUGAACGACCUUACAAAUGCAACGUUUGCGGAAGUCGCUUUACAACAAAAGGAAAUUUAAAAGUACAUUUUCAACGGCACAGUCAGAAGUUUCCUCAUAUCAAAAUGAAUCCUAAUCCAGUACCCGAGCAUUUAGACAAAUAUCAUCCUCCAUUAUUGGCACAACUUGGACAACAAUCAUCGUUGUCUCCCGGAGGGCCACCGCAUCCACCACAUUUAGGAUUUCCAGGAGGUCCACAUUUUCCACCUACCUCUUUACCUCUGUUUAGGCCGCAAGGUCCUCCUCCGCCAGAAAUUCUCGGAAAUCGAUUGCCGCCUUCACCACAUAGACUGUUAGAUCCUCCUCCUCGAUUAUUUCCUCCACACCCGCUUUUUCUUAAACGUGAAGAACAAGAAACGCCGGCAGAUUUAAGCAAACCUCCGAGAUCACCUUCCCCAACUGAAGAUAAAGUUCAAAUGCCUGAACCUGAAGAAAACAAGGAUCGUGAGCCAAUGGAGGAGAGUAAGCCGCUGGUAAGCACCCCUCAAAUCACACCAAAACAAGAAAAUAAUUUUAUUGAAAAUGAACAUGAAAAUGAGCAUGAACGAUACUCGUCUUCUAUAGCUUAUGAUGAAUGUAGUAAUAGUAGUAAAUAUUCUAAUGAAGAUUUAUUAGAACAGAGAAGUCCUGGAGGGGAACCUUCUGAGAAUGUCCAAGACGAACCUGAAAACUUAUCUAGUAGGCAUAAUUCAAUAAUAGGUCCUUUAAGCAUAUCAACCGGACAAAGACUACCUGCAAACUUUUCAUUUGGACAUACUAGCUCUCCGCCUAGCAGUACGUCUUCUGGUAGUUUAGGUCACUUUCCCUCGCAUAUUUUGCCAGAUAUCACUAAAGAUCCAUCUCUUUAUACCAACCUAUUACCUAGACCGGGUAGCAAUGAUAAUUCUUGGGAGAGUUUAAUUGAAGUGACGAAAACUUCAGAAACUAGUAAACUUCAACAAUUAGUAGAUAAUAUAGAACACAAAUUGUCGGAUCCUAAUCAGUGUGUAAUAUGUCAUAGGGUUUUGUCCUGUAAAAGUGCGCUGCAAAUGCACUACAGGACUCAUACUGGUGAGAGACCUUUUAGGUGUAAAAUAUGUGGCCGCGCUUUUACAACCAAAGGAAAUUUGAAAACUCAUAUGGGAGUCCAUCGAGCCAAACCUCCAAUGCGCGUACUACAUCAGUGCCCCGUGUGCCACAAGAAGUUCACCAACGCAUUAGUUCUACAACAACAUAUCCGCCUGCAUACCGGAGAACCAACUGAUCUCACUCCGGAGCAGAUCCAAGCAGCAGAAAUCAAAGACUUUCCUUCCCCCGGUGGGUUUCCCAGCCUACCGAAUUCCAUUCAUCCAUUCCUUAGCCAAGGGUUUGCAGCCCCAGGUCUUUCGCCCAUAAGCGGCUUACCUAUGAAUAUGAGAUGUGAUCGAGACAUCAAGUCGGAGCACGGUAGCAUGGACGACGAUGACGAUGAUGAUGACGACGAUGCGAUGAGUUCUUUAGAUAACCAACACAUGCCACCAUUUUCUUCUUCGCCGUCAGAUAUACAAAACACUGGCAUGCCUGUGAAUACCAUAGCUUCCCAGUUUUCUGGAAGUGGACUGAGUUGUUCUGCGGAGGACUUAUGUUCAAAUCGUACCACGACACCACCACCCAUUCAAAAUGGCGAUAAGUCUCCUAGUCAAUCAGGGGUUACUAGUCCUGGGAGUGCUGAAUUGAGGUCCUCUCCAAAUCAUACUCCCGUCCAGAUUCCACGUCCUCCAUCAUCACAACAAGCCUGCAGUCCUGCACCAUCCGAUAAUUCGGUAGGAGCUUUAGACCUCACACCAAGAAGCCAACCUGCCAAUACAAGUCCUGGACCCUCCACGCCGAGUGGAACUCCAUCACUUUUUCCUUCGUUUGGACUUUUACCUUCAGGCGGUCAGUCACCUCUCAUGACGUCAGCACUAUCAUCGUUGACGUCAUCGGUUUUGACAUCGACGUCGUUCAGUCCCUUACGGCUAGCGGUCGGGCCGAUUGGUACUUUGGGGCGCGGAAACACCACCUGUAACCUUUGCUUCAAGACCUUCGCCUGCAACUCUGCCCUCGAAAUCCACUUCAGAAGCCAUACCAAAGAAAGGCCCUUUAAGUGCACCGUGUGUGAAAGAGGAUUUUCCACAAAGGAUGGGUGUCAUUGUACGCAGAGGCGUAUCCAGGAUGAAGUAGAAAACUGGAGAGCGCAAAAUCAAAAAUCGUCUCUGUUCAACUCCAUUUCUUCAGUAUUUUGUUUACCGAUGACGCCUGGAUACGCCUCGUCCAGGACAAAAAAGGCGGGCAACAUGAAGCAGCACAUGCUCACACACAAGAUCAGAGACAUGCCUCAGCACAUGUUCGACAAGCCUCCCAGUAUGAGCGGUGAUGACAGUACUCCGUUACCUCCCAGCUUGCCUAAAAUUGAGAAUUCUGCGAGUGAUAACGAGCAAUCUCAGCCACUGGCGCCAGUACCUCCACCCCAAGUUCUGCAACCACCCCAGCUGCCGCCGCCACCCGAAAAGCACGAACUGGAGUCGCAGCAAAUCAAAAGAGAACCUACUGAGACUGAACUUCCCCUACCGAAACGCCCUCCAAGCUUACAAUCGAGUAAGCACUUGUGCCACGUAUGCAAUAAGAACUUCUCGUCGAGUUCGGCCCUGCAGAUUCACAUGAGGACCCACACCGGAGACAAACCCUUUAGAUGUACAGUAUGCCAGAAGGCCUUCACCACCAAGGGCAAUCUCAAGGUUCACAUGGGCACACAUAUGUGGAGCAACGGGGCAUCUCGAAGAGGUCGGCGCAUGUCCCUCGACCUACCCCCCAUCCCCAUGACCCCCAAGGAUUCCGAAUUUCUACAGCGGAGGCCAGAUCUCUUUUACCCGUACCUCCCGGCUCCAUUCCUUAACGGAAUGCAACAGAAGCUGAACGAAAUAUCCCUAGUCCAGAACAAUCACAAUGGACUGACAGGAGCCGGCAAAUAUAGCGGUCUCCUCGGCUUCGGCUAUCCGCCGCCAGAAGCGAUCCGAUCUCAAGCAAACUCUCCCGAGCGGUCUGAGAGACCGCCGAGCCAUGAACCAGACACGAGAGGUCUGUGGGACCUCCAUUUCGAGAGGAAAAGUGCUGCCGACGCGCCCAGGGAAGAUCUACUGCCGCCGACAGCUAACAGGGAGGGAUUGGCUGCCUGAAAUCAGCGCCCCUGUGGCGCUAUUCCUACUUUGCUAGUCUAGAGUAAGGUGUUUCAGAUGGUGAAUCAAAAUUUUGUAAUGAGAGAUCAGAAAGGAAAGAACUGCAAUGGUUUCAUGCGUUAUAAUAUUUACUAUAUUUUCCUGAUAAUAUAAUAUAGGAAUGACAAAUAGUGAAAAUUUAAUAGUAAUAAAAAUACAAGGUAAACAUAUCAAAUUAAGUAAAAUAUUCUAUAAGUAUAAUUUUAAAGCUUGAGGUUGAUCAGAAUGUCCUAGGCUGUCCUAACAGUCUGUCCACAUGAAACAGAAACAUACCUAUGAUCAGAAUUCGAACACUUUAGCAGACAACAGAUUAGGAUAAAAUAUAGGAUGUUUAGAUAACUUUAACAUCGAAGUAAAAAGCUUAUUCGUUUUCGGACUUAUCAGUCCAUCUUCAGUGAAAUUAGGAAUACUUGCUCUAACAAUUGCAAAACCAAACAGUGGUUGGGUAUAAAUUGUUGUUUUUAUACUUAAAAGUAUUAAAUUAGCCGAGUAUAAGUCGAUAAAAAUAGAUAACUAUCCGGGAACUGCAUUCGUCCCUACUCGAAAGAGCAAAUUACAUCUGUAUUGGACCACUAUUGCCUGCCAACUGAUAAAAUAUUGCAUAGGUAUACUUUAGAUAACUAUUUCAUAAAAUAUUAAGGAAAUAUAAUAUUACUCCUAAACAAAGCUAUAAGGUAAAAUAAUGAAAGUUGAGACCCAAUUUAUUGUUAACGAAAGAAUAAAAUAAUUAGUUUAUUUAAACAUGUUUUUAAUGUGUAAUAGCCAUCAAACUGCGUCAUAAUACCACGAAUAUAAUGUCCUCAACCGAUAAAAUUAAUUUUACAUCACUUUAUAUGAAAUGCCGCUCACGUAAAUCUAUAAAAUGAUUGGUAGGUACGUCAGUAUUUUAAUGACCAACUUUUUACUAUAUAUUUUCGUUAUUUUAGAAUAUCAAAUUGGUUUCCUGUACUUAAUAAAUUGAAUUUUUUUGAAACGAAAACAGAAAAAAAAUCGUGAAUAUGGGCAGUCUACUUUCGAUCCCUGUUUGCUAAAGGUGACGAUAAAGAACCAGCAACACCCGAAAUGACGACAAACAAAGAAAUAAACAUUGAGGAGAGACAGAUAAAUGAAGCAUUAAGAAAAUUAAAAAAAACAUAGAAAUCACCAGGACAGAACAGAAUAUCGAAUGAACUCAAAGUAAGGAGGAAAAGAUCUGAUCAAACGACUGUUAAAACUAAUCCGGACUAAACCGGAGAAUUACACAACACAACACUAAAAUUAACAACCAAAGUGAUCAAAAACAAACUGAAUACAAUUAUAAGCCCAGCAUAAGAACAAACAACAAGUUUUGUAGGUCGGGAAGAUGCAAGUGCAAGAAAAAUCAUUAGAAUACAACACAAACAGGCAUAUUUAUGUUUCAUGGACCUUAAGAAGACGUUUGACAGAGUUACAGUAAAGGAGACGUUGUCCGUUUAUUGUACGCACGAGAGAUAGCUUUAGAAAUAAUCAAAACGAUCCAAAAUGUCUAUCAAUAAUAAUAUUAUUCUACUAUAUUAAAAAUUAUCUAAUAAAUUAUUUCAAACAGCAACUUUUUAUUAUGAUUAAUGUAACAUAAUCUGUUUUAAAUCGUAUUUAAUUUGGAAAGUCCUUCAAAAAAUGUUUAUAAUUCCCAUAUUUUUUGGAUUGUUAUAUAAAGCAAUAUUAUGUAUUUUUAUAUUAAUACUCUGACUUGGUUUACUUAUCCAUUAUCAGCUUGUGAAAGUGUUUUAGAUCCUCUGAACUUCUUUGUCAAUAAUUGAGAACAUACACAUUUUUAUAAUGAAUCUUUUGCAAUUUUUUCGACUAGUUUGGACAUUAAAGAUGAAUAAUUUAUUUACUGACCUAGCAAAAAUUUCAGAAUUUUGCUAGGUCAGGAAUUCCAGAAUUUUGCAACCAAACAUUGGUUGAUACUGUUUUACUUAAAUUUUGCUGAUUUAAUAUAAUCGGGUUAUUGUUUUCAGUUUUUAAUAAUAUAAGAGUCAGACUGUCGGACUUUCUUCAUGAAUUUUUGUUUCUCUUGUCCUCAUGGUUCACUUUCCAUUGAGAAUAAUAUGACACUUUUGCGUAAAUAUCUUAGACCAUAAUAACACCUGUUGUUACAUAUGGGACAGAAACAACGACGAUUAACAGGAAAGAGGAAGAUAGCUUUCUGAAAUUUGAAAGAAAAAUAAUGAGAAUGAUACUGGGCCACAAUGUAACAAGAGAGGGACAAAGCAUAUUGAAAACAAAUGCCGAAAUUGAAGAAGAAUUAAAGGAGGAUAGAUAAAAUCUCUUCGCCUAGAAUAUAUAGGACAUAUACAGAGACGCCCACACUCACAUAUAAAGGAUAACUAAUUCACACCACUGUGGCCCAGGUGUAGAGGAAGGUUUAGAGUUUAGAAGAAGAUGACCGGAUCAUGCAGCAAAAAGACACAGCAAGCUAUAAAUGACAUAGGUGAGUAAUCCAUCCACCUCGCCCAAGAAUAGGAUUUUGAACGCCAUUUCGUUAGCUGCAAUCCCUAGGGAUUGUAAUGCUUGGUGAAUGAAUGAAUGAAAUAAUCAAAUUAUUAAUGCACUUCAAUAGAAAGACCAGUUACCACAAAAUUUUUGGUUCCAACAAGAUGAAGAGCUUCCCCACUAUUAUCGACGAGUUAGAAAUGUUUUUGAUUGCGAAUUUUUCAAAUUUAUGGAUUGGACGUAGAGGACGACAUAGAGUGGCCUGCUCUUUCACCGGAUCUUAAUCCGUUAGAUUUUUUAUUUGGGGUUAUCUAAAAUCAUGUGAUUGAUUACAUUAGACGAUCAACAUGUUUGUAAGAUUUGAAACGAAGAAGUAUUGAUAAAUGUGAACUAAUAUUUAUGUGGACUUGGAAAGGGUGACUCACGAAUUUAAUAAUAAUUUUGCACAUUGUCAGGAAUGGCAAGCAUUUUGAACAUUUGAUGCUUUUUUGAAUUAUUAGUCCCAUUUUUUCCUUUAACUAUGAAGUGCUUUAUUUUUCCUUUUAACCAAUUUUUUCUAGCAAACUUGGUUUUAUGUGAAUUAGGGAUAACAAGUUCUUCUCGCAAUAUUUGGCGCAAAUCAUCUAGUUGUAUAUGACAAAAAUCAAAAAUUAUAUUUUUUUGAGAAAACAUUCAUUAUAAUCCUAUCUAUCAUAAAGUAUAGGAGAGAAAUUUAUUAUCUAAUAUAAAACUGACUUUUAAAUUGUCCUUUCAAAGCCAACAAACACAUUUACAUAUUAUAUUCAUAAAACUAAUUUUUUGUGCGUGUUCUCUAUUAUGUAUAUCAAUUUAUGUGAAAAUUAUUAAAGUGUUUUAAAUGCGUAUAUUAAGUAUCUUCAUUUUGGGUGCGUAAUCCUAAAAACGGUUAUAAAUAAUCGUUUCUGAAAUACUGUUCUUUUGCAAUAAUAAUUUUUAAUAAGUGGGUUACCAGCCAUUAUUAAUAGAAUAUUAUGGGAUUCGAAAUUUAUGAAAUUAUUAUUAUACUGAUAUUAGUGGAAAAUUACGGAAACUUGAUACGAUUUUUUGCAAUAAUCAUUUUUUAUAAGUGGCUUGCCACCUAUGAAUAGAAUAUUAUAAAAUUCGAAAUUUACGAAAUUAAUAAUGAUGUUAGUGGAAAAUUACGGACAAUUGAUGGUUAUUUCGACUGUUAUAGUUCAGUCAAUAAAGGCUUUUUACCUUGCUACAAAUAGGCGACAUUAGUUCUUAGAUGAUGUCUAUGACAAUGUUUUUUAUUAACCUUCGGCAGGGCGCGCCUUUAAAAAAUAUAUCGGAGGGCAUGUAGCAGCAAUUUGUUGCCAUGUAGUUAUAAAUAUGUUAUAUUCUCAUUUUUUUUUCUUAAGGGCGUCACACCAAAACUAAAAGAAAAACAUAAAUAAAACAAAAACCAUUAAGAACUCGUUUUUUUGCAGAACACUUUAUUUGAGCUUCCAAUUGUUGGAAUAUGAUUAUAUUCAGUUUGUGUAUUUGUCAUAAUAAAGAAAUAUAUAAAAAUAUUAACACAUGAAACCUUCCAGCUCAUUUCUUUAAAAUCUCUCAUAUGAAUAUACAUAUUCGUCACUGUUGUAAACAGAAAAACCUUAUUUUUUCAGUAUUGUAAGCCUAUGCUAACAAAUAUUUUGAGUUUUCAAAGAAAGUAUUUUAAUUCACAAUUUUUUGGUUAUAGAAAUUAAAAAACGUAUUAUUUUUUAUUGUAAUCAACCAGGUUGGCUGUCAAAAAUGUUGAGAUUUUGUUUCAACUGUCUAAAAAUGUAUUACUAUUACUCCACAACUUUGCAGCACAUGGUAGGCCCGGGCCUGAUUAUUUACCGUAAUAAAAAGUUUCGUUUGUAAUUUAAACAAUCUAAAUGUGGCCCUUUUAUAAGGACUUUAUGUCUCGAUGGUCUUUGCUAUUUCUUUUUUAUGGAGAUCCUACAAUUCCUUUUUUCCCUUAUAUUCAUCCUAGUCAUUAGCCCUUAAAAUUACUCCAGGUUUUCCUUAUUUUGUAGUAGGUUCUCAUUCAUAUGUACAUGUUAAUAUAGUUGCCUAGAUAGGUGUACUAAAUGAGAUCAAAAUUAACCCUUGUAAAAUCUGGUAAAAGUUCUCAAAACUCUGUGGCUCUCAAAAAAGCCAGUUCAGGACCAGCCUUUUUAGCCUAACAAUCAAAUAACAAAUUUAAUAAAAUAAAAUGGAUACCUGAAAGACUUUUUUCUACUUAGUAACUAUUUUUUAUGCAUUUUCAUUGAUAAUGAGAUCGAUUUUUUUUAUAUUAUUAAAAUUUUAAAUAUUAUAGGAUUAGAUACGCUGUUGUAUUGAAAACUCAAAAUAUUUCGACAGUCUAGGUAUUUUUUGAAACAUCUUGUAUGAACGGAUUGGGGCAAUGAUGCAUACUGUGAUACAACAGCUGAAAAGCUGCAAAAGGGGGCUGAAAAGCCACCGUGUAAUUAGAAAUAUUUAAUGAAAAAGAAAAAAUAGUUUAUAGUGUCUUGUAUAAUAUUAGCUGAGUGUACUAUACCGGACUACUGAGAUAAGUGGUUUAAAAUUAACGGUUUUUAUGAUAUCAGUAAUUUAGUUUACAGGUGAGUUAAGUAAAACAUUUACUAUUAAAAAAAGGUUGCUGUACUAUUGUCGAUCGCAUUCAAAUGGUUGUUGUUGUUGCAACAACAAUGCUUUCAAUUUGCUUUCAAUUGUUUGGAACCUAACCUUCUUCUUCUUCAGGUGCCAUCUCAGCUACGAAGGUUGGCAAUCAUCAUAGCCAUUUUAAUUUUUGAGGCAGUAGCUCUAAAUAGUUGUUUUGAACUGCAUCCAAGCCAUUCUCUCAAAUUCCUCAACCAUGAAAUUCGUCUUCUUCCGAUGCUUCUUCUACCAUCUAUAUUUCCUUGCAUUAUGAGUCGUAGGAUGCCAUACUCCUCGCCCCGCAUCACAUGUCCGAGAUACUGUAGCUUGCUUUCUUUAGUUGUAAGUUCAACUUCUUUUUCUUUACCUAUUCUUCUCAGUACUUCAUUGUUCGAAACUCUAUCUACCCAGGAAACCCUCAUAAUUCUUCAAUAGGUCCACAUUCCAAAGGCGUUGAGUCGUGUCAUUGUCUCUAUGUUGUUCUGAAGCUAUUUCCUUGUGGCAUUUUUAUAAUUAAGUAUUUUCUAUGGGAAAAAAGCCACAAUUUUACUAAAAAAUGAAUUUAUUUAACGUUUAGAAGCCCAUAUCGGGUUUCGUUGUCAAAAUACAAAAUACUAUGAAUAAAUAAUAUAAAUAGUAUUUUGUAUUUUGACAACGAAACCCGAUUUGGGCUUCGAAACGUUAAAUAAAUUCAUUUUUUAGUAAAAUUGUGGCUUAUUUCCCAUAGAAAAUACUUAAUCAUUGUCUCUAGAUUUAACGUCCAUGAUUCCACUCCAUAGUUAUCUUAGUCUCUGGACAUUAAUAAACUUCACAAUAUCUGGAUCUAUGUAUAGCUGGUAUAGUUCAAAGUUAAAAAUAAAAUAAAAACUCCAUUUUUAUUCAGUUGCAAUGCGAAGGCAAAACAAUCUUAUUUUUCAAUUAGAAUACGGAGCGCAGUCCAGCCCUCUGAAUCGACGAUUUUCGACUCUUGUUGGAGUCUCAUCGGAGAGAAUGUAGGCCUGCUACUCCAUACUCCAAUUGACCAACACCGAGAGUUUAUUCCACACACCGCAACUGACGUGAAUGGACUAGGUGACUAGCGUCAUCUGACAAUUGAAAGAUGAAGUAGUUUUCAAUCCUAAUAGCAAUAUUAAUAAUAUUUAAAAACAUUAAAACAUUACUAAAAGAUUUUUAAAUUGAAAACUUAUUCCAUUCACGUCAGUUGCGGUGUGUGGGAUAAACUCUCGGUGUUGGUCAAUUGGAGUAUGGAGUAGGAGGUCUACGUUCUCUCCGAUGAGACUCCAACAAGAGUCGAAAAUCGUCGAUUCAAAGUGCUGGACUGCGCUCCGUAUUCUAGGUGAAAAAUAAGAUUGUUUUGCCUUCGCAUUGCAACUGAAUAAAAAUGGAAUUUUUAUUUUACUUUUAUAUUGGUCGUUACUUCUUUGAGUAACUAGGUCCAUUUUCUGUUGGAAUUUACCAGCUGAACAGACGUGGUCGUGAAUUGUAAGUUUUUGAAUUCCUUCUUGUCUUCUUCGCUUCAGCAUCCAUCUGGCUUGCAAAUUUUAGAAGCCUUGGAGGUGUUACCAAGAAAAUAGACCAAUAAGUUUUCAGUUUAAAAAUCUUUUAGUAAUGUUUUAAUAUUUUUAAAUAAUAUUAAUAUUGCUAUUAGGAUUGAAAACUACUUCAUCUUUCAUAGUUCAAAGUUCUUUAUAAUUCCAUUUUUCCUUUGAGAAAUAGGCAUAUGUGCAAUCUAUUCAUCGCAAGAAGAAAAAAAAAUGUACGCCAUUUUCUUGAAAUAUAUUUUUUUAAUUAAUCUAACGAUACAACAGGCAAUAACUUUGAUUAUGAGUUGAAAAAAGUUUCUAAAUCAAGGGUCCUAAAAUUUCUUAGAUUUCCACAAGUAUGUCAAACAACAAUAACUAACAAAUCAUAAAACUUUAAUUUUAGAAUAUUUAUGGAAUUUCUCGAAUAAAUAUGCAACUUUUGAAUAUAUUACGAAAUAAAGCAAUUAAAAAUUAAUUAUUGAUUAUUUAAGUCGUGGAAAAUUCUUCCGAAUUAAUUUACAAUAAAAAAAUAUUAAAUUACAAAUCCGUUAUUUAUUAUCUAGGUGCAGGUAUUUUUAAAUCGACCAACUGAAUAAUAACUUAAAAGAUUAAAACAUCAUUUUAUGCAAAUUGUGAUAAAGUAUAAAUAUUAUUUUCUCAGAUGCCUACUCUCGAUAAUGUAGGCGUAGCAAAGAAAGCGGUUAUAAAUAUUUUUAAUAACAAACACUAGAACAGUGUAGGCACACUCAAUCUUGAAGAAAAAAGUUUUAAACUUGAUAGAACAAAAAAAUGUAUAUCCAAAAUAUUUAUUUUAAGGUAGAGUUACUGACACCUGAUACCUUAGUAGAGGUAUUCGAUAGGGAGAUGCUCUGUCGCCUAAGUUGUUCAUUAAAUACUGCACUUAUAAAUGCUUUAUGGUUACUUGAAUGGGAAAAUAAAGUAAUAAAAACAAUCAAAAACAAUAUUACGGAGAAGCAAAAACUUGGUUUGUAUAAUGGCAUAUUAUUGCUUUAUUAAAAACUUUAAAAAAUAAUCCAAAUGGAUUAUAAAUUUCCAGAACGUUUUCGAUCUUAUCAGAUCAUCAUCAGCAAAAGAUUCUAUUUUGUAGUUGCUUAUCUUAUGAAGAAUACAAACCGACUGUCGGUCUCUGUCCUUCACAAAUCCAGCGUAUUCAGGUACUAUUUGGUUGCCAACUUAUGAAGUUUUCUAGAUGACGUUGCAGGAUGUAGAGAAUCACCAUACUGGCGUGUGAUAUUGGAGCUAAUAGUAGUCUAGUAGUAGUUGUUACAAUAAAUUAUUUGUUGGACCUUUGUUAUGUAGAGAAUCUAUCUUAUAUACUUUACCUCUAAGGGUUGCUAAAUUGAUAAUUUUUUUAGAUUCUAAUUUUCUCUUUAUAGUCAUCAUUAGGUUUUUCCAAAGAUAUCUCUCAAGCAGGUGGUAAGUUGUUUAUGAUAUGAAGACGGGAUGAUCCUCAUAGCAUAUUAUUUUAAAAUAUAGCUGAAUUUUUAAGUUGAAGCAUUAUCUCUUGGUGGUAAAGACAAAAACCAGCAAACUUUAGACAAAUUUUCAACAUAGUACUUCAACCUUCCUGUUUUACAUAUCGUACAUAUAAACUACAUGUUUUAAACUCAACAAAUUAUAAUAUUUUUAAAAAAUAUUAUCGCUGAUGUCGAUAAAUGACAGAUUUUUGUUCUGUUGACGUUUGAACCACUCAUCUCAGAAUUUCGUUUUGCCGUGUUAAUAUAAAAUGUGUCCAAUGGACACUUUGGCAAUGCCAGUAUUUAGCUUUACACCCUGUAUAUAUAAAGAACCUAGAAUAUAAAAAGAUCACUGUAUUGUUAUAGAUGUUGUCCAUUUUUGUUUAGCAUGGUGGCAUUCUAUGUACAUAUUUCACUGUGUACCAUAAGACUGUUUUUAUUAUUAAUAUUAUUUUCAUUAUGUCUUAUAAUAUAUGCUAGUUCUAGGAUGAGGGAACAGUUUUUGGGUGCCAGCCUCUUCAACAAACCAUCAAAAACUUUGAGAGUUGAUUCCUGAAUUUAAAUAAAACAAUUAUAUAAAAAUAAAUCAAGCUGAAAUCACUAAAAAAAAUUAUUUUAAUUUCUGUAGAAUCUUUUUUGGUUUAAAAAAUGUCGUGUUUGCCUUAUGCUACCUCUUUGAGCUAUAUUUAACGUUUCACUGUAAUUUUUAUUGCCAGCUACAAUAAGGAAUCAUAGAAAAAAGAGACUCUUGGCCAUUUUGAUAGUCAACGUGUCUAGAGGCAAGGUAAACAUUCUAGUAAAUAGGGACAGCAGUGACACAAACAUUUUUGUUCUGUGAUCUUCUUGUCUUUUAUUUCUUGUCUUGUAUGUAAUAAUUAUUCUUCUUGGAGUUUAUCUUCUCCAGAGUUCGUAUAUUUAUAAGUAUGUUUCUUUAUAUUCUUCUCUUUUUAGAUAUGUACAUUUUUUUACUCUAAAAAAAGAGAUCAGUUUUGUUGGAUGCUUUAUUGAGUUAACCUUGCAGCAACCUGGCGAAUUCAUUGUUUCUCAUUACUAAAAAGAUCAUUUUUCUCAUCAUUUCCUUCAAACUACUCAACUCCGUGAAUAUUGAAUGAAAAUAUCAGUAAGUAAGCAAUUAGGUAUCAGUUUUUACUUUAUCGUACUACAUACGCAGUAUGAGUAUAAUAGAUAAAGUUAUAGGAUCGUGCAAAAAAAUUUUUUUCAGAUUUCACUUUUUUUCGACGUUUUGAGUCCCCCUGAGUCUAAAAAGCAAAUAAAAAAAACAUGUCGGAAGUAUGUACGUACGUAUGUACGUACGUAUGUACGUACGUAUGUCGCCACCGCCCAGCAAAAACUACUGGACCGAUUUCGAUGAAAUUCGGUAUGAGUAAGUUUAAGAGAAUUUUGUCGAGAAACUAAGCUUUUGAAAAAAACCUCUCAAAGGGGGGCCGAAAUAGGGGGGUUAUUUAGGGCCCAUUUUUGCAAAUUUUGACCGAAACGAAUGAAAUUUAACUUAAAGUUAGCUCAUCGAUAGAUAAAUAGAAAUACGGAAUUUGACAUUUCCAAAUCCAAAAUGGCGGCCAGCAUGGCCGACCGCCCACCCGACACAUUUCCCUACCAAUCUAAAAAUUUGUUUAAGAUAAAUUUAAUUUGAAAAAACAUGUAUAUAGCCUAAAGAUGGGGCUAUAACAAGAAUAUUAUCGUUUUUCAGAAAAAGUUAUGGGUUGCCUAUAUUUAAGGGGUCAAAAUUUGACAUAAAUUUGAACUAAAUUUUCUCAAAAAUGACUCCAAGGAAUUUGUUUAUUUUUUGAUAUAUUUUUGAUAUCCUAUCGGUAAAUUGAAUAACAUUAGUCAGGUUUCUUAACUCCUCAUAGGAGGGGAGUUAUGAAUUUUUUAUAAAAAAAUAUUCGAGUGCCCGUAACUACCUCUGUAAUAGAAACUAAAAUUUGAAAUUUGGCAGACAUAUAUAGUACUUUAUUAUCUAUUAGCACAAUAAAUUUUACCCACAAUAUGGCUUCCGGUUUAACCGGAAAUGAAAAAUAAAUCUUAAUCUUUUACAUACGCCCUGUAUAUUUUUACAUAUUUUGAAAGAAUGUAAAAUUAUCUUUCCAAUGACAUAAAACUCGUUGCUGUAACUCAAAAACUCGAAAAGUUACAGAAAAUUGAAAUUUUGCUAGAAUCUUGUGUGUGUCCUCUCACGCGAUCAUAGCAGAGCAUUAUUAUAGGGCAGUCAAUUAGGGUAUUUGGCUCCGAAUUCCAUCCUACUACAUCGAUGUACUUGAUAUUUUCACAGUAAGUAGGGAAUAGCUCAAGAAACAAAAUCUACCCUAUAUACUAUGGCGCUUUUAUCUUGGGGCAAUUCCCACCCCUUCAAGGGGGUGGAAAAUUUAUUGGUCAAAAUAAGCAUGGAAGUGGCUAGAGAACCUAUUUUUAAGCAAAAACUGAUCUAUACUUUUUUUUGAGAACUCAAUACUUUUUGAGUUAUGCGCAGUUGAAAAUUGGCCAUUUUCAUUUAAAAAUGACACGUUUUAGGACGGUUUUUUGUGAAUACCUUAAAAACUAUGCAUCAAACUAAAAACACUAUAUAAAUUUUUUUUUAAUUAUAAAUAACAAAGAGAUUCGUUCCUUCGCAAAAUUUUCUAUAUAUAAUACAAAAAGAGAUAUGGUAGGUAAAAAGAGUUUGGUUUUUGGUGCAUGCUCAAAAUGCUCAUGCUUUUGUAGUGUUUGAAAAGGCCUUUAAAACGAGCACUGUUAAAUGUCGGUGACAUUCAAACUAAGCGAGAUAUGGUGCAAAAAAAUAUAUGACUAAUGUACUUUAAGGAAAAAUGAGAAGUACAUACAUUUAACCCCUCAUUCACCAGAAUUUAAAUGCAUUGUUUUUCUUUUGCAAUACCUCUUAAUAUAGUGUUAUUUCUACUUUCAAAAAGUUGGACGGGUGAAAAAAAUAAGAUCAAAUUAUAGGGCGCAUUUUUAAAUUUUCUUAAAAUUCUUCCUUUUGCUCCAUGCAAUUCGCAAAUAAAAAUGUUCUAUCCCCGAGAAGUGGUGAGAACCGCCCCCACGAUAAAAGCGCCAUAGUAUAUAGGAUAGACUUUGAAUUAGGUGAUUGGGCUUUGUGCUACUCCCAAAAUUUCAUUACAAUCCAUGCAGUAAAAUGCAAAUAUUGUAAACUAUUAAUUUCUCAGAAAAAUGGACUAAUUUGAAAUGAAAGUAUGACUAAUAUUCUAUUGAUUUAUGCAAUAAUCUAUAGUGUGUCCCCGAACAUUUUCUCAAAUGCGGGAAUUAAUGAUGCGUAGAACCAUAAAAUAUUUUCAAGUAUACAAGGUGUUUCUAAAAUAUCAAAAUAACGAGUAACUUUGUUAUUUUUAUAGAAUGGCAGUAUCUAGUACGAUAACGAUAAUAGAUCGGUACGAUAAAGUUCUCGGGCGGCCCUUCCGUCCAGCGUUUUUUUUUAAUUUUUUUGGCUUACUUUUUUUUGAAGUCGUCUGUAGUCGGUUGUGAACUGGUUGUACUGGAUCCAGUUGGCUUAUUGUACAUUUUGGCUAUUUAUUCAUGAUACUUAUUUCAGAAUUCUGGAAUAAUGUACCAGCGGAUACAGGUGUAGUCCAUAUGUACCUACCAUAUAUUUUUGCAGUUAAUACUUGGAAGUCUUGGUUAUCAAAAACUGUUUGCCGAAACUAAUGUAGUGUCAAUGUAAUGGUUGGUUCUUUCAGGUUCUCUGGCACAGACUCUGAAGCUUGUCUCCAUGAUACAGACCCAUGGUAUGCAGGUUUUUCUUGAGUAGAGCUAGAGAUAUUGAUUGGAUAUGAUUCGUUUUUGGCUUCUGCAGUACUACAGUCUUAUUAGCACACGUCCUUCCAAUAUAUAAUUUGUCAUGUUUAUAUCCAUCUGUAUAUCAGGUAUAUCUAAUCCUAGCUGAGAAUGGGUUAUAUUACUCUGCCCCUUUCUCACAGGCAAAUGUCUACUUGAAAACGUAUUGUCAGAAGCCAUCAUCCAUAAGGUACAAGUCACUAUGUCAUUCAGGUUUUCUUUUCUAGCCUACAGUAUCUCAUUUUCGUCUCCCCCAUUAUAACGAUAUACAGAGGAAUAAGGUCUGAGGUCCUUCAUAGCUGCUGUUGGUGUGCCCCUCAGAGCCUCUGUAAUUUUAAAGCAAAGUAGUUUUUGCCCCUUGCUUGAUUUGAGGAUGGCACUCUUUUGUUGCAUCUUUGGCCAUCACACCACGGAUACAUGUUAGUUAGAAACCUAAUAUAACAUGUUUGAUUUUGAAUGGUUCUCUAUUUCUUGGUCCUCGUUCUAUUUGCUGAUUCUAAGUAAGAAAACUUCGAAUCUAGUAAUUUACUUUACUCACCAGGUUUCAAAUUAUACCAUUCAAAUUAAGAAGGGCCAUUCUGUAACUGUCAUCAGAAAUUAUUACAUUAUUUUUGUCUGUGUGCCAUUAAAUUUGACAUGGGAUAACAUGACACCAGGAUAUUUGCAUAGAUCAUGACAUUAUGUCGAUUGUUGCUGCGUUUUGCUGCAAAGAAAACUUUGUCCAUUUUUAUUAGGAAUUGCAAUAUAGCAGCUACUAUUGUCUUUAUAGGCAGCUCUAUUGUUGUUUAUGCAGUUGGUAAAGAAGUAAGAAGAGUUUUUUCGAGAUAGUAGACAAGAACUAUCCUUCGUGUCUGCUUUACAUUUUUAUCAAAAUUUCUUACUUUUGUUUUAUUCAUCAGUAAUCUUUUUCUUUAUGAUUGUUAUGCAAUAUAUUUUUGGAAAAAUAUGAGUAGAAGUAUCUGUCUUGAUGUUUUAAAUCGUUUUUUUUUUUUUCGUUUAUGCUCUUGACCAGUUUGCCCAAUCUAUACAUCGCCUCUGAACAAGAAAUGGUAUAGAAGAAAGAACCUGAAUAUUUACUAGAAAAUCAGUUGGUGACCAAAAACUGACGUUUAUCUCUUCUAUGGGCCAAGGAUUUUCUAUUUCUUCUAAUUAUUGAUGCUCCUUUAUGGAAAUUCAACAGCUGAAUCACAUUGACUAAGGAUGUGGUUUCCAAUAAAUGAGACCUAUUGGUCUACCCUUCCUAUUUAACUUCUGAAGAUUAUAAUAUAAAUGUAUAGUGGAACGUUUAAUAAUAGCCCAUAGAUUGCUUCGACACAAAACAACUUAGUACCUAUAUGAUUUGUUGUAUUCAUAGGUCUACUGCAGACAUUAAAUCAUUUUCUGUAACUGUUACUUUGUCACUGUUACUCUUAACAGUAACAUAACGAGUAGAAAAAACCAAAAACUGUUCCCGAAUCCUUCAUUCUAUCCUCUCUAUUCCAGUACAAUCUCCCUUCUUGUAUGUAAAAUUCAGCAAAAUUAUACUUACAGACCUAUUUGAGGGUCACUCAUACGUAUCUAAAAUUCAAAAGGACAGAAUUUUUUAAUAUAGAUGAUAAAAAUGAUGUAAUGUAAAAUGUAAACUCUGAGAUUUUUUAGUUAAUUGAAUGUACAAAAUAUUUGUAACUGGUAAUGUCAUGAAACUAUGUCUGUAUUUAUAAAUCCGUACAGCCAGUUGAAUCCUGUUUAAUUAUAAAAUAUAAAUAUUUAUCACAUACGAUAUAA